AUGCUUAAAAGCCGCAAGAAACCGAAGUACAGCGGCAGCAGCAGCGGCAGCGGCAGCAGCAGCGGCAGCUCCAGUGGUGGACGCAGUGGUGGCGAGACAGAGACGGAGUCGGGUGCAGGGGAAGGCGGGUCUGGCGGCGAGGAGGUGUAUGACGACGCGGCCUUUGGUGCCUCGCCGUCAAACAGUGAUGACAAGGGUGUGGCCGAGCAGGGCGCGGGCCGCGCGCGGCGCUCGGCAGCAGUCGGAGCGCAGCUGCGUUGGCGCGAGCAGCGGCGGUUGGGCGGUCUGUGA